UUGUCUUUAUAUUUGUAAUUUCAGUUUGUCUAUAAUUAAUUAAAGACACUACCUUUGGUACUUUGCACUUAAUUCAUCUUGGCAGCUCUCUCUGCUCAUUCUUCAUACAGCACCGCUGAUAUCUUCAUAGGUCCUUCUCCACCGUUAAGAUAUAUGGGAGACGCUGUGUUUGGCAACCCCAUCACAAACUCAACUUUAGGACUGCCUGAUUUUCUAGAUAAGAAGAAUAUACAACGCAUAGACAGAGCUCGAAUGGCCCUUAACAUGAAGAAUGCAGAGGAAAAGAAUGCCAAAGCUCUCCAGUAUUUGGAGAAACUGAAGGAACAAUCUGAGGUUGGACUGGGAACACUUUGCCUACUCUACAAUGCCACUGGGGAUGCUAUAAGCUAUGUUACCCACAAGAAUUGGCAUGGACGUAUUGGAGCUUCUCCAUAUCCAAUGCAGAUUGCAAAUGGACAAUGGGCUGCCUUUAUGCAUGUUUCUAAGCCUGUUCACUCUAUUGGGGCUGUUGUGUACCGUGGCAAGGACCCUCAAGGGGUUGAUUGUGAUUGGAUGGUGUCAUGGGACAACCCUAAUGACAAAAAUAAGUGGAACACGCAAGCAUAUUCGGAGAUCCGUGAAAAAAACCACUUCUCAAAUUGCGAUUGGCAAGUAGUAUAUGAUAAAAUGCAAGUUAGCGGCGUUUAUCACGAUGGUGUUGAAGAAAAAAACAACUGGGACAGAUGCUUCUUGUCUGCAUGCAUUGGCAAUCACAAAUUCCCCAUAUUUGUGGCAGUAUUUACCCUACAAGACGUUUGAUUUACUAUCGCAGUUAGACUGCAACAACUAAAAUACUAAUAUAUCAUAUGACAAUAUUUAUAAUAAUAUUUUAUCAUAUUAAU